AUGCCUUCUACUAUACCUUACGACUCUAGGUCUAGAUCCGAGAAGAAGAUGAAGUAUGAACAAGACCUAGGAAUUGAGGAUAUUACGUCGAAGGUACGAUUGCUUGAUGACAAUAAAUUACAGUCCUUUGUGGGACCGUUUGGCAAAACCAUAACCAUUCCUCCUGAGGUAAAGGUCGCCGGAGACAGGCGGACGGGUUUUAACGAGAUAAAGAGUACCAGAGGAAGAAGUUUGGUGCCUUACCGUAACUUUCUCUUGAGGUAUUACCUACCAUUAGGCCGACCAGGAGGUUUCUCGAACCGUCCUUUGGGAAAGUGA